GAUGAUCCACUCAGCAAUGACAUAGACCUUUCGAGUAUAGAUACUUCCACUGCUCGAUAUCCCACCUCCACCUCACGCCCGCGCACUGAAGGUGUCGCACCUUCUUCUAAUCGAACCUCUACCGUCUCAAGUAUUGGGAAACGAUCACGCGAAAAUGUCGUUGAAACUGGAAGCAGCAAGCGCCACAAGUCAGGCUCUGAUCACCCAGCAAACAAGCAGAAUCAAGGCUCCGAGAAGCUUGAAUGGCAAGGAAUUAAUUGCAACGAUGAAUCCCCCCUUUUCCCAACUUACCAGCCUUCGCCCAUCCCCGAACUCGACCUCUGUCCUCCGCCACCUUCCAUGAUCCUGAAAGAUUCAUGGCCUUUGGACGGCCAUGACGAGGUUGAAGUUU